GAUUUUACGAUCCAACAGCGGAUAGUGGUCGUUAGGCGAACCGUUAAUCUCCAGGUAAAACUUAAAAAUAAUGAGUGUGACAAGUGAAAUUCCUUAGAUAUCAAGGGUUGCAAAAUGUAAAUUGUCAAAUACUACAACAUCCCCAAAACCCGUACUAAAGUGAUCCUCUCGAAUUGGCUUCUGCGACCUCCGUGGAAGUGGAAGCCACCGUAUCAACAAUACCCCCCACUCCUUCGUCGUUUCCAUUUCCUCCAAUUCAAAAUCCUCGAAGAAGAGACAAAACCCCCUAACAUGACCUCAAUUACUCCGCCAGAGGUUCUUCUGUCCCUCUCUCUCCACCGUACCAUCACCGUCUCCCCCACUUUCCACCACCAGCUGCCAUGCCUGUUCUUAUCUCAAGCCCGCCGUACUUCUCCUACUGCCUCUCGAUGCUUUCAUUCUGCUGAUCGUCUGGUUGGGCCUCGCAAAUCAGUCUCUGUCGCCGCCAACGGCACGUUGACGGCCAGUACUGUACCGCCAAAAAAUGGAGUAUAUAUCGUAGGAGAUUUUAUGACUAGAAGGGAGGAUUUGCAGGUGGUAAAGCCUACAACAACUGUCGAUGAAGCAUUAGAAACUCUUGUAGAGCACAGAAUAACUGGUUUCCCUGUGAUUGAUGAUGACUGGAAAUUGGUUGGUCUCGUUUCAGAUUAUGACUUAUUAGCACUGGACACUAUCUCAGGUACUGGACGAGGUGAUACAAAUAUGUUUCCUGAAGUUGACAGCACUUGGAAAACAUUUAACGAGGUACAAAAUUUGCUAAGUAAAACCAAUGGGAAAGUGGUUGGUGAUUUGAUGACGCCUGCACCGCUAGUUGUUCGUGAAUCUACCAAUCUCGAGGAUGCUGCCAGAAUAUUACUAGAAACAAAAUAUCGUCGACUACCAGUUGUAGAUGGCGAUGGUAAGCUGGUUGGAAUUAUUACAAGAGGAAAUGUUGUAAGAGCAGCACUUCAAAUAAAACAUGCCAGCGAAAUGAAAGCAUGACGUCUAGAAUUGCUGUCAACUACAGAGGUCUUUCAGGCAGUUGGAUUUCGCAUGGAUCAUACUCAUUCCCCUGGGAUAGAGGAUUAACAGUUGAACCUGCAGCGUCUGCCAAAUGUUCCAUUGAAAUGAUUUCACGAUUGAUGUGUCUCACUUUUAUGUUGAAAAUUUUGGUGUGGGUAAGUUAUCAGAUAAUUCAUUCUUGGUAAGUUCAUAAGUGGAGGACCAGUGAUCCUUCCUACUAGAAAGGAAAGGAAGCAAAAGAAAGUUAAAUAGACCUACUUAUAUUAUUACUUCCCAUAUUUCUGAAAUCGAACUCUCUUAAAUUUAUAGACAGGCCUUUGUGGGAGUAUGUUGUUGCAUUUGUGCUGGUGUUUUUGUGGAACUUACAGUGCACUGGUAUGAAUGCCUUUAUGGGGGGUUGUUUCAAUUUUUGCGUGUUACCACAUUUUUUUUGGUUGAUAAAUGGCGAGAAUCGUUCUA